AUGUCACCACUUUUGGGAGACCUCCUCCUGUCGGCAUCCCCCCUUNCCCCCCCGCCGACCACUACUGUGCCCCCUCCACCGACCACCAUCCUACCACCACCGCCAACCACCACCCUACCACCUCCUCCGACCACCACCGUGCCCCCUCCGCCGACCACCACCGAGAUCAUCGACAGUUCCUUCAGCUCCCUGUCCUUCUUCGACUUCGCAGGACCCAUCUCGGAGGCAUCCGACAACGGGGGUACCUUUAUUGGGGACGGAGUCGAGUGUUUCACCCGCCCUGAUGCAGCCGACUACCGGGGCACGAUCUCGGUGACGUCCAGCGGCCAGGCUUGCAUUGAUUGGGGUUGCGAGAAAGUCGAGGCUGCUUAUAGGGAGAAGUUUGGCAACGACGCCAACUACUGCCGUAACACGGCAGCGCCGCACACCGAUGGCACGAAGCGGCGGACGGCGUGGUGCUACGUCGCCGGCCCGGCUGGCUCCUGGGGCUAUUGCGAUGUGGGGGAAUUCCAAGACCAGUGUGGCGAGUCGAAGGAACCUCCCGAUGUGGGAGAACAGGUCUGUGAUGGCAAAAACCUGGAGUGUUACGAAGACCGUUUCGGGGCGGACUACCUAGGUCACGUCAGCCGGACAGUGAGCGGGCGUGUCUGCCAAAUGUGGAACAUUGACUACCCUCACAAGCGGAAAAACAAGUACAAGCCAGGCCGCGAUUCGGUCCGAUUUGGUGACCACAACUACUGCAGGAACAUCGGCUACCAAAGGGACGGCAAACAGCUGUCCAAUCGGCGUCGGCCCUGGUGCUACACCACUGACCCCGACGUGAAGUGGGAGUACUGUGACGUAGGUCUACCAUGCGACAAAUGCGAAGGCAGAAAGUUCGAUGAAAACGAAGAUACCCUGUAUGUCGGCUCAUAUCCGGAAUGUUACCUCCGGAACGACGCAAGUGACUACCGUGGAUUCGUCAACUACACUCGCUCUGGACUGCCCUGCCAACGGUGGCUACAGCAGCUGCCUCAUCCCGUCGCUAAGGGCAACGUAAUGCUGUUCGGUCACCAUGACAACUACUGCCGCAUCCGGCGUCACGCCUAUCGCCGGGGCAAGAAGCCGUUCUGUUUCACCACAGACCCGGAUGUAGAGUGGGAGUACUGCGAGGUGGGCGACCGUCACGAGGUCUGCUUGAACGAACACCUCAAACUGGUCGCACCAUACGUCGGGUACCGGCCGGAGUGCUACACCGAGAAGGACGGACAGGACUACCGCGGCUUCGUCAGCACCACGGUAUCUGGGUACACCUGCGAGUACUGGCGGGACAGGGUCAACAACAAGAAGUACCACAAAGCCUUCAAGACCGAGGAGAACUAUUGCCGUACCCUGGGCAUUGAGGCUGGGCCGGGCCGCGGCAAGCCAUGGUGUUUUAUCAAGGGCCACCCAACCAUCGACUGGGAGUACUGCGAUGUUGGGCCACGCUACCGGGUCUGCAUUGACGAGUACAUCGAGCCGUAGAUGUAAGGAACUUAGUAGUCCUAGUGGCAAAACUACCGGACCGUAUUUUCGUCCUCAUUUGAGUAGGUGUAACAAACCACUCAAUUUGUACAACGCUAUAAUUUUGCUGAUCGAAGCGGCUAUGCUACCUAUGAUAAGCCAUUAACAAAACAAGUAUUAAGGAGUAGUGAUGCAUACUCUGAAAACGAAAUUGAGACAAUUAUCCCCACAAAAUGAGGCUCAGGUGCUUUUUGUUCUCUACUCCUUUUUGUUUUUGUUUUUUUACUUGCUCUCCAUCUUGGUAAACCACUCAUAUUCACACCUAGUAAUAGUAGGCAUCAGAUAGGUAAAACCUAUGAAAAAUUAUGUCGACUCUGGAUGUGCACCAUUUUGUUUUAGGGGAUAUUAUAAGAAUGGUAGCUCUGACAACUUUGAACUUGCUUAGAUGAAUGAGGUGAUAAUCUGUAUGUAACUAGGAAUAUUGAAACAUUUACGAAAACAUGACUCGAUUAUAUAUUGUCCUACACAUAAAACUGCAUCUCAAAGACACACUGGAACAAAUUUCGAAGUCAGAAAGGUUUACAAUUAAAUGUUGAUAUCAAAAGUACAUAUAAAACUCUUAGAUGGAUGAAAACAUAUUAAGGUAAAACUGAGCGAUGUUUCCACAGGCAAGGAAUUCCAAAUUGCUGGUACAGAUUCUCGUAGUGUGAUUUUCAAUUUGAAGAGCAAAUUUCAAAAUAGUACCACCUGUUCCUUUAGUAUACAUUAAAUUUCAGUGAAUAAAGAAUAAGUAAUUGGAAAUUAUAUGGCACUGAGAUGUUUCAAUGUUGAAAAAUACAUUAGAAUAAUAUUCCACAUUUCAUUGCACGACUUUCCUCAAUAAAUAUUUAAAAAUCAUUAAAAAUACCAAAUUGCCCAAGAUCUCAGUUUUGAAAUAUAAAUUUAGCAUAACAGCAAAAAUAUCCCAACUGUACAAAAUUCCUUCACCACUGAAGAGAAAUACAUGAUGAUAUAAAAACAUUUUUAUCAAUGCCUUAAUCAUAGGCAUGG